CGAUCAUUCAUCCAACCCUAUCGUCAAAGAGCCUAUCGCUCUCGCUCUCUAACCUAACAGAAACGUAUGUAAAUAAACCUGUAAACAAUACUGGUUUUCUAUAUUUCAUGUUAGUGUUCAAUUGAUGGAAUGUGUGUCACUUUUAUAAAUUAAUUACCUAUUUCAUAGUAAAUAUUUUAGAGUAGGUACGUCCUAUUUUAGAUGAAACCGGACCGGUACGGUAGUGUCGAUACAUAGUUGAAGUAGAAACAUGUUGAAUUUUCUCUUUAUAAUUGCGUUAUUAGUGAUAAAUACAAGAGCAGUUAGCUAUGACAAAAACGGAUAUAUUGUUUAUUGUCCCUGUAUGGGCAGAUUUGGAAACCAAGCAGACCAUUUUUUAGGUGCAUUAGCAUUCAGCAAGGGCAUAAACAGAACAUUAAUAUUACCUCCUUGGGUUGAAUAUAGAUAUGGAGAAUCAAGGUCUAUUCAAGUUCCUUUUGAUACAUAUUUCAAAGUUGAUUCCCUACUAUUGUAUCAUAGAGUGGUCUCUAUGGAAUCGUUUAUGGCAGACACAGCACCUGUUAUUUGGCCAAAAAGUGAAAGAAUAUCUUUCUGUUAUACCAAACGAGCAGGGGCAGAAACUGAAAGUUGUAAUGCCAAGUCAGGAAACCCAUUUGGGCCAUUUUGGGACACUUUUAAUAUUGAAUUUGUAGGAUCAGAGUUCUAUGGCCCUUUGAAUUAUGAUGCUCAUAAUAAAGAUAUGAUGAAAAAGUGGAGACAAAAUUACUCCUCUGGAGAUUGGCCAGUUAUUGCAUUCACAGGUGCUCCAGCGAGUUUUCCCGUUCAAAAAGAGAAUAUAAAUUUACAAAAAUAUUUGUUAUGGAGUGACGAAUUUCAAACAAAGUCCAAAUCGUUUAUAAAAAAGAAUAUGAGUGGUGGUGGAUUUUUAGGUAUUCAUCUUAGAAAUGGCCCAGACUGGACCAAAGCAUGCAAGCAUGUACAAGAUAGUCCUAUGUUAUUCGCUGCUCCGCAAUGUGUUGGUUAUAAAAAUGAAAAAGGUCCACUUACAUUAUCUAUGUGUCUUCCAGACAAAAUGGAUAUAGUGAAACAGAUAAAGAGGGCUUUGAAAAAACUGAAUGACAUAAAAUAUAUAUUUGUUGCAUCAGAUUCAAAUCAUAUGACAGAUGAACUUAAUUAUUCCUUAAAGAGCUUUGAUAUAAAAAUUGUUGUAUUGCUGCCUUCAAAUCCCCACCUCGACUUGGCAAUACUUGGUCAGUCUAACUAUUUUAUUGGAAAUUGUGUUUCAUCUUUCACAGCUUUUGUGAAAAGAGAAAGAGACAGCAAGGGUUUACCUUCCGAAUUCUGGUCAUAUCCAUAUCGUAAAAAAACGAAACAUGAUGAAUUUUAAUAGAAGACCUAAUUGCACCAGGUACCUACCUAUAUAAAAUAUGUAUUAAAAUAAAUAAACAAGCCUU